AUGGUUGGAGAGCACGAUGCGUUUGAGCUUGGGAACGAAAUGAACGCUAAGACAUUAGGUAUUUGGAUGGGUACAAAGGUACUGAGAAACAGAGAGAAAGGAUUCACCGCCAUUCUGUUAGACAGCGAGGGAACCGAUGCUUUUGAUUCCGAAGCUGCCAAUGAUAUCGGUAUAUUGGUGAUGACAGUGUUGCUUACAUCACAGCUGAUUUAUAACACCAAGAACGUGCCAAUGAAAAGGGAUACAGAAGAACUCAAAGUCCUCACUGACAUUACUGGGAAAGUUCGAGUUAAGGAAAACGAGGAAGUGACAGAAGACAUGGGAACACUUCGUAAGAUGUUUCCAAAUUUUCUGUGGCUUUUGCGGGAUGUCCAUUUGAAGUUUGUACAUCCUGUCACCAAAGAACAAAUGACACCCACUGCAUAUGUAAAGGAAGUGGUUUUCAAAAAGGGCACACAGGAAACAGCUGAAACCAGCCAAGAGAAGAUAGGGAGAGUCAUACUGUCAGCUUUUGAACAGGUGGAGGCAUUUGAUCUCCCUUUUCCAGGAGAUACAGAUGUUUUGGAAGAUAUUGCAGCAAAUGCUGAUCGUAUCAAUCCCAAAUUCAAUGAAAAGAUUGAAAUAUUGAUUGGACUUAUUCUGUCCAAUCUAGAAUGCAAGAGAGGGGUGGCUGAAAAUUCCAAGAUAACAGGAGAUCAGCUUGCUACAAUGCUUCAGUUCUAUGUGAAAGCUGUAAAUGAUCCAGACACAAUACCUGCCAUGAAGAGUGCCUGGAAUGCAAGUACUGAGUUAAGACGCAUUAAAAUACUGCAAGAUAUGGUGUCCCAGUACAAUACUCAAAUGACGGAAGCUAUCACCAAGGUCUGCCUCAAAGGAUCAGAGAUGAUACCUAUAGAAGAAAGACAUUGUGAUGAUGCUGAAAAACCAAGCUUAAUGAGCAUCCAUGAUGCUGUUAUGGACAAUGUUCGCAAUGGGUUAAACAAACAGCUGGAGUUUUUUGGAUUUGAUGAAGAGGAACAGCAUUUGAACAAUUCACUUUUCCUUGAUUUUAAUGAAAGAAUAGUUAGGAGAGACACAAGUCAGGAGAAUGAUGUUAUUAUUGGUGGGGAGCUGUUUCGUUACCUUCAAGAGAAUCGCGAAAGGUCUCGUCUUAACUGUGAGAAAGUGUUUAAGAGUCUUCUGGAUGAGCUGAAAAAACGACUAAAUCCUAUACCAGUUGACUACACAGAGGAAAUGCUGUUAGCAGACAUAGAACAACUGAAGAUGUCCUACUUGAAGCAAGCUAUAGGGCCUGCGAAGUUAGUUGUACUGGACGAGAGUUUCCUGUCCUCAGAUAUGACUGAUUUCCUUCGAAUAUGCAAGGCAAUCCAAGGAUUUCGAAUGGAAGUUGUUGAGGCAAAGAGGCAACAAGAAGUUUUAGCUUUACAGAAUGCAAAACAGAGGUGCAAGCUCCAAGAUAUUAUAGACGAAUCUGCGAGACAAAAGGAGGAGCAUUCAAAGGCAUUACAGAUCAUGGCCAAAAACAAUCAGAAAAAUCUUGAAAAGCUACAAAAAUCACAGGAAGAGAGCUGGUUGAGACAUAAGAAGAAAAUGGAAGAUCUACCGAAAGCUUAUCAACAGCAAAUAGCGGAAUUAUCAGAGGUUUGUCUUAACCUUAUUCCACUUCUCUGCAAAAAUUCUCUGAUUGGUACAAAUUAA